AUGAACGCAGUGGUGGCAACCCGCCGAUCAACCCCAGUUGCUAGCUCCAGGUCAAUUUCUAGCAAGAAUGCAGAUAAUGUAGAAUCUGCAUCUUGGCAGAAAAUGAACCCUGCUGCCUCGAUGGAUUUAUCUACUGAGGCGGUUGACAUACGGCCUCAGUAUACAUGUAUACCGACAGAGCUUUACCAUCCAGUUGAAGAUGCAGUGGUCCCAUUAUUUUUCAACUCGUUUAUAUUCCUAACUCAAGUCAACCACAUUCGUAAUGGUUUUCUGGGAAUGUUGCCACGAAUCUACACAAAUGCUAAGGUUGGGUCUUAUUUGCACAGUAGUACAUUAGCUAUUGCUUUCUUUACUGUGGGGGCUUGGACUGGUCAGAGAUCGUUGAUGCGUGAAGCGCAGCGGUAUUUCACAUGUUCUCUACCCAAAAUUCGUGAAGCUUUGACGACCGAUGGCGACUUGAACAGUCUUCUUGCGGCUAUUAUAUGCCUAUCGACGUAUGAAAUCAAGACCACUCGUGGUUUAAGCAGCCCCGUGAUCCCAACACCAACAAUCUGGCCUCUAUCACAACCCCAAGGCCCUCUAUCUCCACGAAAGGUACUCUCGCAAGCCUCAGCACGUCUAGUCGAUUUGCGAGACACGUGGGAGCAAAUAAAAGCCCACCAACCCGACGAAGCGCAAGUCAUCUCAAUCCUUGCAAGAGCAGCAGAGAUUGAUGUCGAUUUCAUGUCAUGGGCGCACUUUGUUCCAUCAGACUGGAAGCCCGUCUCAGCAGACAUUAUUCCCCAAUCCGUCCAUGAUGCAGGAGUCUUUCGCAAUCGCUGCGACUGUUACACAGACAUAUGGAUAGCAGCGACAUGGAACAUGUUCCGCGAUUGUCUAAUGGUGGUACAAAGCAUCAUCAUCAGCUGUCUUAGAAUGCUGUCCUCGCAGGAUCCAGACGGCACAAGGAUAGCUGGAGCCAAGGCUAGAAUCCAAAUUAUUGCAGAUGAUAUCUGUGCGACGGUGCCCUAUUGCCUUGGGAGCCAAAUGGAGUCUGUGCGCAUGAAACCUGGGCUGGUCGAGUACCCCUUUUCAGAGACCCGACCUGUUACUGCCGUUCAUCAAGCCAUUGCUCCGUUAAUGAGUGGAUGGCAUAUUUUUGGGAACCUACGGAAUCUCCAGAGUCCUGAGCUAGAACUUCCUCCAGAGCAGAUAAUUUGGGUGGGACAACAGUUGGAACGUGUCAGAGCCAUCUAUUUCAAGCUGUAA